CUCUUCACUUCAGUCUUCGUUCAACAACAGUACAAGGCAACAGAUGAGAAGGAAGUCAGUUAGCGACGUUGUGUUGUUUGGUGUUCCUCACUGACUUGUGUCAUUACUAGAUGUGGAUUGGCGUAUGCCCCGCCAAGCUUCACUUUGCCUUGGAUUCGGUUUCGUACUGAUAGUCUAUGCGUGUGCUUGGACGAAGGGGUCGACUUUCAUGUGAUGUCGGAGAAAACCCAGCUGUGAAAAGCAGCAUCGCAUACUAUACGUACUAAGUGGCACCAUGGGUGAUCUGGACUUAGACCAAUGUCGUUUCUUCCAUGGUAGAGUGUCACGAGAAGCUGCAAACCAAAUAUUGAAAUCGGAUGGAAUACCUCCAGAUGGAACCUUCUUGGUGCGUGAGAGUACUCGUGACCCCGGUGGAUACUAUGUCCUCUCCGUGUGGGUCAAGGGCCAAGGCCUACAUUUCCAAUUCAAAAAUCACGGCGAUGCGAUCUUCAGCAUAGACGAUGGUCCAACGUAUCAAGGAGUGGAGGCUGUUAUUCAGCACUACCGAACGCAAGCAGAUGGUUUGCCGUGCAAGCUGACAUCUUUCUUCCAAGGUGCGCUGCCGCCUCUCGCCAUACGAAGACGUGUGGACACUGAAUUGCAUUUAGCUGUGCAAGGAGGUAAAGGUGCGCUUAGUCGCGUUCAACAAUUGAUCAAGUCCGGGAAAGUCAUCGACGUGAACGCUCGGAAUCCCACUGGUGCUACAGCGUUGCUUCUUUGCUCGCACAAAGGCAGUGAAGAUGUUGUACAGGCUUUACUCUCUAGUGGUGCUGAUCCCAAACUCAAGGAUACCAAUGGAAAUACACCUUUGAAGGUGGCUGCAAACGAAGGACAUAGCGGUGUAGUGCGGGCAUUACUGCAGCACAAAGACUGUGAUGUACAAGAUCGUGCACCACACACAGGCUGGGUACCACUACAUGAGUCUGCCAUGCGUGGACAUGUGGAAGUGGUCAAGCUUCUGCUACAGCUAGGUGCACCCAUCAAUCCACGCACACCGGACAAUGAUACUCCACGAGAUCUGGCUCUGCGCUUUCAGCAUCGGGCCGUUGUUGAGGUCUUGGAUCAUGCCAUGGCUAAGCAUCCAAAGCCCAAGACGAAACGUAGUGAUUGGCUGCACCGUAGCUUGAACCGACAGGGUGCCAUUCAGCUACUGAAGAAAGGUAAAAUGUGCGAUGGCCUGUUCAUGGUACGCCCCAGCUCUCGAACUGUAGGAUACUAUGCACUGUCCAUGGCGUCUCGCAACCAAGACUAUCACUAUGAGAUCAGAACCUUGGGUGAUCGAUGGCACUUCAUUGACGAUGGCCCAUACUUUGAGAGUCUGGAGGCCGUUGUUGAACAUCACACCAAACGUUCGGAUGGCCUGGUGGAUGUACUCCGGGUCGGUAUUUGUCCUGGUACUGGCUCAGAGGCUGGUGAGAGGGCGUUGAGUGCCCUGGGUCCGGGCAAGGCUGCUGUGGGUGGUGGUGCAGCGCGUCCACAGCCUCAACCAGAAGAUUACAACCAAGCUAAGUCAUGGACAGGUCAAGUUCCCGGUGCUGCCGCCAAGAGUAAUGGUGGCAUGGUUCUGAUUGAACGCACUCAUCUCAGUGCCAACCCAGCCAAGUGCAAAAAGCUGGGCGAAGGAGAGUUUGGCUCCGUGCUAUUGGGUCGCUGGAAGAAGGACGGGAGAGGCAAAGGCAUCGAUGUUGCAAUCAAGACACUCCGCCCGGAGCAUAUUGCACAUGGUGAACCUGAAUUCCUGCGGGAAGCGCAAGUGAUGAUGAGCUUGAAUCACCCUUGCAUUGUGCGCUUGAUCGGUGUGUGUCUGGCGGAUAAGGACGGCUCGCCCAUGAUGCUGGUACAAGAACUGGUGGGCAUGGGCUCCCUGCUGAACUACCUGAUGAAGCAUGAGAAUGAUCAUGACAACAUGGCAUCGAUAUUGCAACCAAUGGAACUCUGGGCAUCUCAGAUUGCCAACGGCAUGCUGUUCCUUGAGCAGAAGAAGUUUGUGCACCGUGAUUUGGCAGCUCGUAAUAUCUUGCUCUCAUCCAAGACACAGUGUAAGAUCAGUGACUUUGGUCUAUCUCGUGCGGUGGGUACAAACUCAGACUAUUACCGUGCAUCUCAAGGUGGACGCUGGCCAGUCAAAUGGUAUGCACCGGAGUCUGUGAACUAUGGUACAUUCUCACAUUCAUCCGAUGUAUGGAGCUAUGGCAUCACGUUGUGGGAGAUGUUCUCAUUGGGUGCGCAGCCAUACGGAGAGAUGAGUGGUGCUCAGGUUAUGCACAUGCUGGAGGAACUUGGCCAGCGACUGGAUAAACCUCGCUAUUGUCCCGAUCACACAUACCGCCUCAUGAGAAAGUGUUGGUCUCUGGAUCCUAAUGACAGACCCACAUUCGAGCAGCUCUACGAGAUCUUCUUGCAGAGUCCUGAGUAUGAGAAUGUCCGCAACAAUGAGACCUUCUAUGCUGAUCCUCGGGAGCUUGUUGCAAGCAGGAGAUAGGUGCAUCAUUGUCAAUAUAGCAAAGUUCGGACCGCCACAGUGGAGUGUUCAUGAAUCUACUUUACUUUCUAACCGAUGUGACAGUUUCCUGCACUGCUGCCGGUUAGGUGUGCUUGGUUCAAGUUGGUUGUCAAACCCAACAUUAUAUUUCAAAUCAAUUAUUUCACGAUUAUUUUUCGUCUACAUGCACUGCAACGUAUGUAGCUUUGACCUUGGUUUUGCAGGUGUCAAGCCCUUGCCUUUUCGAGUUAGGUUGAAAAAGUGACGAUUAUUUUGUUGACAGCGUCCGGACCUCUUUGCCGCUUUGGUUCACAAAAUUAAUGAUAGCUUUCCCCUGCGGAAAAAAUACCACUUUUAUGUUCGUGUGUCACAAGUUCCCUUUUCACUGAAUUGAUGCCAUGCCAUCUGUGAGCAUCCAUAUGUUUCUCUAUUUUACCAUAGCCCUUAUUGGUGUCUCUAUUUUUUUGUUGUCAAAUUUCCCCCGGCAUCGCGGCAUCAGUGCGCAUGAUAUCACACUGUCACUCGGCCCAGUUUUAGUUCUGACUCGUGUUUUCUUAAAUAUCUCAAAGUUUGAAGUGAAAUUGUAGCAAUCGACUUGUAGUGCCCAUGCUAUGGCACCGAGCAGCUGCUGUUCAGGACAGUGCGGCUGUUGCAGUUCUCACAGUGCCGCGCUGAGGCCAAUCAUGAUCACUGACAUCAUGCAUGUAUGCGCCUGGUCCGAACCGCAGAUUCGAAAUUCCUGGCGAUGCCACUGCGGUCCGUUCUCUGUAAUCCUGCUGCUACAUGCCGGCUCAGUUCACUCUGA